AGUCUACAGAAUUUCGUCGUUUUAAUCGCGUUCGACCGACUCACGUCCAUCGUUAUUCGUACCGAUGCGAAUACAAAUCACAAGGGGUCGGUGGGCCGUAUUCGGUGGCUUCACCUUAGUUUGCCUCGCCAAUUUGCGAUUAGCCAUCGGCGACAAGAAUUCAGACGACGAAGACAGAGUACACAUGGAAGAGGUGCGACAACAUGUGUGCUGUGCCAGACAUGAAAAGAUGAUCGACGUUGGAUACGGAAUAUCGGGGGUGAUUAUACAAAUCGACGCGGGCCACUGUCGCAAAUUGUGCCCGCGACACGCUUUGGACGAUCCAGGAGACGCGAGUCAACCCGCUGUACAGAGAUGCUUCGAGGAGUCACAUUGUCGUGCAAGGGCCGCGAAAUUAGAGAGGGUGUCGACGAUACAAGGUGUCCGAGUGAUCGAAGUGACGGAAGCCUGUGUAUGCACGCCUGAAUCGUCCUGCAGACGACAAUCGUUCACGCAUCACGUCAAUUCUGCUACUCCUUACUCGUCUGUGAUGGAUGUUGGAGUAUGCGUGGGCCAUUGUGCCAAAGAUCUUGGAUGCAAACCAGUGAGGAACAGCACGAUUAGCAUCAGCGGACCUAAUGGAGACGAAGUGUAUCAGGUGAUCGAGAAAUGUGGAUGCGCUGGAACCUGCCACAGAAUGGAUCACAUGGAGACUGUUGUGGAUUUCAGCGAGGUGGAGAUUAAGGACGGUACGAACGCGACCGAUGUUAGGCCAGUGCUUAGGGAAAUAAAUGUUGGACAAUGUGUCGGAACGUGUCCAGAGAACGAGACGGAGACGUGUCUUUUGAGAGAUAAAAAGGAACCAUCCAGAUGCUUGGCGGGUAUAUACUCGAAGCAACACACUUGCACACCCGCUAGAUUCAAAGUUCACGAGUACAGGUAUUCUCUAGAUCCGACGAUGACGACGAGAGACGACUUUCUGUUUCUUCUCUUGGCUGGUCUGUUCCUGUUCAAUUCUUUCAACGUACACUGUCAUCCGAAUCGUUUCAUCGAGGAUGAAGGUGGCAAUGAGGAAGAUUUGGAGAAUACUUGGACCGUGGGUGAUUUGAACGAGGGAAACGAGCACGAUGCUCGUCGAGAUGAAGUAUUGGAGAAACUGCAAGAGGUCCUUGGUAUCCGGAGUAAUGGCGAGAAAACGGAACAUCGCAAGGUGCCGCCGCAAUUUAUGAUGGAACUGUAUAACAACGUAGCAGAUCCCAGCGGUGUCACGCGAGGCAGAAAUCCGUACAAUGCCAAGGUUGUCCGCAGUUUCAUUGAAAGAGAUACUUCAAUGUCGCGGUUCUAUUUCUUCAAUAUUACUGGUUUGGAAGUGAACGAGUCAGUACUGGAAGCUGAGCUUCAUCUCUAUAGGAAGAGAACACUCUCCAAGUCUAGUCAUCUGUCCACAUUAGCUUCUCCUUAUUACUUGAUAAGAGUGUACCAAGUGUUGGAUGAGAGAAGCCUGGACGUGCCGGACCUCCAUAGACUGUUGAAUGUCAGACACGUUGGUGCACACGCAUCCGGUUGGCAGAUAUUCAACGUGAAACAAGCGGUUCUAGCUUGGCUAAAUGGCGAACCGAACCUAGGACUCCUGGUGACCGCGUCCACUUUGUACGAGGAACCAGUGAACGUGGAGUUUUCACGACGGAACGAGUAUCAUCACAGUAAACAACCCAUCCUGGUGCUAUUCGACGACGACGGAAAGAGACAUCGUGGUGACAAGAAGACUGUUCCACGUUAUUAUACCUACGAUAACAACAACGAGAUCGUGGGAGAGAUAUCGUACGACGGCGACCAUAAGAUCGACUUGAAGAAUGAGUACGAUGAGAAAAGUACGGAAAAACAUGAUCGACGAAGAGGUCAACCGGAAGAGACACGAUGGGAGAGUGAGAAUAAAUCGGAAUUCUUCCAAAGGCAAAAGAGAACACAGAGAGGGGAACACGAUGCUAUGGUGCAGGAAGGAAAGGAAGAUGUGACGGAAGGAACGUCCAGAAGACGUCGAAGGGAAACUAUCUCUUCAAGGAAAUUACACAGAAAGUUUCCUUCGAAUAGUGCAACGUUUACAGGGACACUAACGUCGAUGGACAUCUACAAAAGAGCGAUGCGUCGGGAGAGGAUUGGCGAAAGGGUUCGCCAGAGGUCGAUGUCUCUGUUGAACGAGAAUUUUCGCGAGAAACGAUCGACCAAGAGUUACGCGUCCGUUCAGCAAAAUGUCACAGAGUGUGCGAGGCACGAGCUCUACGUGGACUUCAAAGAGAUCGACCUAUCCUCGUCCAUUAUCGCGCCACGCGGUUAUUCCGCGUAUCAUUGCAAAGGUAUCUGCGAGUUGCCGUUGAGUCAGGAUCAACAGCCAACGAAUCAUGCGACGAUUCAGGGACUCGUUCACCAAAUGGGACUGGUUAAGGGGGUCGAGAGACCAUGUUGCGUGCCCACCAAGCUACUCAGCGUCACUAUAUUAUUUUUCGACGACAACGAGAAUGUCGUUUUAAAGGAUUCCCAAGACAUGAUUGCAGAUCGCUGCGGAUGUCGUUAGGGGAUCUCGUGGUUUAAACUGUGAUGAUGAAUUGCUUGAAUUGGAAAAAGUAAGGAUGAAGCGAAUGAAACAUGUCGAAGAAUGUGUGUUUAAGUAUGUGAGGAGAGAGAGAAAGAGAGAAUGUAUGCAUCAGGUAAUAGCACGAGAGUCAUUCCUAGAGAUUCGCCUCGAGAUCGCCCCAUCUCC